ACUAUAAAUUGAAGAAUUAGAGCCAAAAAGUUCGUGUUGAAAAAGCUUGAGGGGGAGAGAUAAGAGAAACGUAUUGAAAACAGAAAAAUGGCCUCUGCAUCUCUCCUCAAGACUUCACCUGUGGUAGACAAGUCCGAGUGGGUUAGGGGUCAGACCCUUCGCCAACCUUCGGUUUCUGUCGUGAGGUGCCACCUGGUUGCUCCCUCUGGACUAACCGUGCGUGCCAGCUCAUAUGCCGAUGAGCUUGUCAAGACUGCAAAAACUAUUGCUUCUCCAGGCCGUGGAAUUUUGGCCAUGGAUGAGUCCAACGCCACCUGUGGGAAACGUCUGGCCUCAAUUGGGCUAGAGAACACUGAGGCUAACCGCCAAGCAUACAGGACAUUGCUGGUGUCAGCUCCUGGCCUUGGCCAGUACAUCUCAGGCGCCAUCCUCUUUGAGGAAACCCUCUACCAAUCCACAACCGAUGGCAAGAAGAUGGUUGACGUUCUUGUUGAGCAGAACAUAGUACCCGGUAUCAAGGUCGACAAGGGUCUUGUUCCACUGGCUGGCUCAAACAACGAGUCCUGGUGCCAAGGUCUUGACGGCCUCGCUCCACGUUCUGCUGCAUACUACCAACAGGGAGCUCGUUUUGCAAAAUGGCGUACUGUGGUAAGCAUUCCCAAUGGACCAUCUGAACUUGCCGUGAAGGAAGCAGCCUGGGGACUUGCUCGCUAUGCUGCCAUCUCUCAGGACAACGGAUUGGUUCCAAUUGUUGAGCCAGAGAUCUUGCUUGAUGGCGAACAUGGAAUCGAUAGGACCUUCGAAGUAGCCAAAAAGGUGUGGGCGGAGGUUUUCUUCUACCUUGCCCAGAACAAUGUGAUGUUUGAAGGUAUCCUCCUAAAGCCAAGCAUGGUCACUCCAGGUGCAGAGUGCAAAGACAGGGCCACCCCUCAACAAGUUGCUAACUACACCCUGAGUCUCCUCCGCCAAAGAAUCCCUCCAGCUGUCCCUGGAAUCAUGUUUCUGUCUGGUGGGCAAUCUGAAGUAGAGGCUACCUUGAACUUGAACGCAAUGAACCAAGCUCCAAACCAAUGGCAUGUAUCAUUCUCGUACGCGAGAGCCCUUCAAAACACUUGCCUGAAGAAGUGGGGAGGCAGACCUGAGAACGUGAAGGAGGCUCAGGAAGCUCUGCUUGUCCGGGCUAAGGCCAACUCUCUUGCUCAACUUGGCAAGUACACUGGCGAGGGAGAGUCAGAGGAAGCCAAACAAGGCAUGUUCGUCAAGGGUUAUGUCUACUAAGGUUGUUCGAAUCAAAAUCCACAAAAGAAGACAGCAGUGAUGGUAAAAUUAUGAAAUUAUGUAGAAAUGAUGAAGAAGAUCUUUGCUGCUAUCCUCAUAGCCAAUGGACCAUAUUUUUGUUGAUAACAUGUAUCUUCAACUUUAUAUAAAUUUCCUGCAGUGAAAAUUUAAUUGAAAGAGCAGACUACCAAUCUCUCUGUCA